AUGCUCCGUGACGAGCUGCUCCGCUCCAAGAACGAUGAGAUCGCACGUUGUUUGUUGUCGCGGAAGCGCAAAUUGAGCGAGCUCUACUUUGCGACCGUAGGCUUCACGGGCGCGACCGAGAAUACCCCGACCGAUGCGCUCUACCACCAAAAGGAACAGGCGUUUCUGGAUGCCAACGACCUCUCCAAAGGUCGCUACUACAAUGAAUCCACUCUUCCACCCUUACCCGACUUUGCAGCCCUUCUUCCCAGUCUCGAGGCGCAGUCGGUGCUGCCGGAGGUAGUCGGAUCCGCUACCCAGUCUCACGAUUUCACAUCGAUCAGCGCGACGUCGAAAGCCGAAGAUGUGUCUCAAAUACCGGCACCCAGUGGUGAGGGACAGGAGCCAGCAACCCAGCAAGUUGACGAGCGGAAGCCUCUACAUGAUGGGUCGAACCAGGCCGCGGCGGCGAUUCAACCUCAACCUAAUCUAACCUUCUCUCCCAGACUUACGCAAGUGCCUGACAAGUCCGCGACGGGCCCCAUUCCGGCCGAUCGGCUACCUCAGGGAGCGAGCGUUACGGCGCCAAAGACCCUUACAAGCGUUAGCCACGAGUCUGCAGAUGUCAAAAUUUCUCCUGGUCCGACAGAUCGACCCGUCAGCGUUGCCAUACCCCCACCGGCGACCUCUGACCAGCUACCGCGCUCCCAGAAGAAGCCAGAUCAUCGCCCGUCCCUAGUGCUACCUCCACCUGGUCAAGAGCAGCCCCUCUCCCCUGCCUCCUCCGCAGGGCCUUACUCGAAUAACACACCUGUCCCUGUCGCUGUUUCGCCUGAUACUAGUCCCGCCGAGGAAGUUGCUGAAGGCGCGGACGAAAUUGCGCGGAGCACCAAACAUGUCGACUCCCUAGAUGUUCCGCCAAACGUGGUUCCCUCAACGCCAGACGAGCAAUUGCGGCUGGAAGAAGCACAGUCGUUCCGAAAAGGCACUUUGGCUGCGGGUAGGACGAUUGGUGGUAUUGAACCUACAGGCACUCUGUCGAGCGAGGUGAUUCAAGUAGAUAUCGGUCCAACCGCAUCGGCAGUGACGGAUUCUCUGAAAGAAAACCAGGAAGGGGUCUCUACAUCCGCAGUUCUACCCGAACUCAAGAGGCCCGAUGGAACUGUUGCUACAGAGGAUUCGCAACAUCAACCGGAGCAGCCACAACCCCGAUUGGAGGAAGCAAAGGCAACCACUUCGACAGUUCCUGUGUCGAAGAAAGGAGCCCCGCCACCAGUCUUGAUUCCGGCCCAACCAGAACGAAUGACAACCCGCGUAUCGUCGGGAGCUAUCAGGCACAAGUCGGUCUCCGAGAUACUUGGGGAAACCCCGAAGCCUUCUGUUGUUCAACCAGAAAAAGCCCAGCCCGCAGAGAAACCCGCCGAAGCAGCACGAGCUAUAUCUGGUGGCCCAUCCGACUCCGCAGCGAAGAUGCGUUUGAAAGAUAGAAAGGCUCGAGAGAAGGAGAGGAGCAAGCUCUCUACCGUCGUAUUUCCCAAGCAGCAGCAGCAGCAGCCCCAGCAGCAGGAGAAGGGUGACUCUAUGGACGUUAUUCGCCAGCAUGCGGGCGAUCUAGUUAGGCUGAACGAAGAACAGGACUAUCUAUUUACCUUGUUCCAAAGCAAGGCUUAUGCCCCUCCUCGAGGAACGAAUCUCAGUACACUCCUCUCUUCUGCUCAUAAAACCCUUUCCACCUCCAAUCACCUGCUCGAAUACCAAGAACAGAUGGACUGCCGUACCUUGCGUCGAAUUUAUGCCCUUCAGAAUGCCAACAGAUGGCCAUUGCGCCAACUCAAACGUUCGGUUGAACCACCUCGGCAGGGAACACAUUGGGACAUCCUCUUAGAUCAUAUGAAGUGGAUGCGCACCGACUUCCGCGAGGAACGGAAAUGGAAAAUUGCAGCGGCCAAGAGUUGUGCUGACUGGUGUGCGGAGUAUGUUAAUUGCGAUCCUGAGCAUCGCGCUCUACUUCGCAUUCCUUCCAAGAGACCUUCGCCCAGAUUCGUGAAGAAACAUGCCCAAGAAUCGAGCAUGAUUUCGCCCCCAGAGGAAACGAAUGAUGAGAUGAUCGGAAUCUCUCAUCUGACCCCCGACCUGGUGCCCUCGACAGAGGACGACUCCGUUAGCGAGGGGUUCAACGAUGAAAUCCGCCAUGAUCUCCAUGACACUGUUGCUCCAGCAGCAAUCUUCUCUCUCGGCUCGGACGAAUUCACUUUCUCGUUGGAUAUGACUCCUGCUGCUCAGAAGCUCCUCGAUGAACUACCGAUGUACACCCCAGUCAAAUUCGCGCCGGAGAACAACCAACCGUUGUUUGAUGAGGCCCCAGAUGCCGUCUGGAAGACUGAAUUACUACCAGUAUCAAAAUAUGCUUCUGGUAGAAUCAAGUUCCAUGACAAAGAGCCACCAAAAAAGCGGAGCCGAUAUGAUUACUCACAGUAUGACUGUGACCCGGAACAUGGGAUGUUAGAUUUGCCGCCUGAACAGACCAACGUCGCCCUUUUCAGACCUGAGAACAAACCCAUACGGGACCGCAUUCAUCCCGGCCAUUCUUUCAGGCCCCCUACCGAAUUCCCUAUGCCCUCUGUUGGUUUCUUCGAAUCGAGGCAAUCAUCUCAAUGGACAUAUGCGGAGGAUGAUGAGUUGCGGCGUCUAGUAAAAGAGUAUUCGUAUAACUGGUCACUGAUCUCUAGCUGCCUUACUCCCUCCUCACAAUUCACAUCGGGUGCUGAACGGCGGACACCUUGGGAGUGUUUUGAACGCUGGGUGGGAUUGGAAGGAUUGCCUGCAGACAUGUCCAAAACACAGUAUUUCCGUGCUUACCAUCAGAGGAUAGAGACGGCCCAGCGCACCGUUAUGGCCCAACAGCAGGCUGCUCAGCAACAGCAACAGCAGCAGCAACAGCAACAGCAGGGUAGCAAUACUGCCCAGGCGCAGCCACCGGUCCGCAGACGCACCACGCAGCCUUUACGAGUCGAUCGAAGGAGGUCUUCCAAGCAUCUAGCAUUGCUUGAUGCUAUGCGAAAACUAGCCAAGAAGAGAGAGACGAUGCUCCAGAAGCAACAGCAUGCUUCUCAUCUGGCUUCGUUGAGAAAAGUCAAUGAAGCGAACCAGCCCAAGCCUCCAAUCUCAUCACCUGCCGAAUUUAGUCGACUCAAGUACGACCGGGAAUUGAAACUCCAGGAGAGACAAGAACAAUACCGCCAGCAAAUGAUAGCCCAGCAGAGAGCAAACUUGGCAGCUCAGCGUGCAGGCCAAAUGCCCAACCAGCAGCCGAUGUUGAAUGCUCCCCCUGGACGAACCCCAAACGGUAUGCCUCAUAACCCCGGAACUCCCGGGAUACCUGGCGCAAAUCCUACUGCAAUGCCGAAUGGGAUGCCGAACACAAUGCCUAAUGGUAUGCCGCCUGGGAUGGGGGUCACUCAAGGCCGGCCUCACCUCCAAGGCAUGCCAGGUGGUGGUCCCAUGAAUGGUCCCAUGCCUUCAAAUCCAAUGGCUAUGAAAAUGAUGCCGCAGGGCUCGAGUGGUCGACCUGGAGUACCAAUGCAGACAUCCCCAGACAAUGCACGCGUCAUUCGCGAAGCAAAUCGCCUUCAAGAGCAACAGCGUAUCCUGCAGUCUCGACAGCAGCAGCCGCAGCCUCUACAGCACCAACAACAUCAACCGCAACAGCCACAGCAGCAAUUUCAUAACCAACAGCAGUUUGGGCCGCAAGGAUCUCAUUCUCCGAACAUGAACUUGCCUAAUGUCAAUGGCGCCCCAAAUAAUCCGGCUAUGAUGGCAGCUCUCCAGGCAGGUGGUGGGAUGCAAAGCCCAUCAUUCCAUUCUACCACACCUCAAGGCGUGUCUACACCCUCGCCUCGAAUGGGCCAGCCUAAUCUUCUUUCAAGCGGAGUUAAUGCGACCAUCAGUACUUUUCAAAACCAGAUCCAGCGCAACAACCCCAACAUGACACCCGAGCAAGUGAACAAGCUGGCUACGGACCGGUUACAACAAUACCAGCAACAGAGAAUGUCCCAAGUGGCCAUCAACGCAGCCGCCGGAAACAUUGCCAGUGUUCAAGGUAACUACCAAGUCCCGCAUGAUGGGAACUUCCAAGCCUCUCCGCCUGGCAUGAAUGGUGGCCCUGGUAUGCAAGUCCCUCAGGCCCAAGGGUUCUCGCCCAUGAUGCGUGUCCCGCAAGCUACUCCGCAGAACCGAAUGGGAGUUAGCGGUUCUCCUGCAAUGAACCCUACUCUUCCUCAGCAGAGUAGAAGCGCAACACCACAAACCCAGCGCAGUGGAAGCGCUCAAGCCGGCCCAGUGCCAGGCUCAAGCAAGAGCCCUAAUCCUCCGCAGGUCCAAACUGCGAACGGCUAA